CAGCGGAAUCAGUGCGCGCUGAGACGCAGACGCUGACGCUAAAUGCGCGCCCCUUGUCGAGAGCGCACUUGUGUUAAACGCUGACUUGAAUGAAUGGAGCUAACUGGAUUUUCUUCAGCUGAGCGCAGGAUAAAGCAGGAGCAGGCAGAGCGGAAUAUAAACUCAAAUAAUCACAAAUAAAUAAAAACAAACAUUAUUUUAGGAGCUCUGUUGAGAUAAUCUCUUUUUACGCACAAAUAAAAAGCAUAUAUUUUUUGUCAAAUUUGAUUUCUGCUCAAUCAAAUUUUUGUGAUUUUUAAAGAAACGUUUCCUAAAUUUACAAAAAGUUUGCUGCGAGUUUCACUGCAGAUUCUGAAUCGGGCAAAUAACGGAUGCACUUUACACCAAUGAGAGCAUCCAUCUCCACAAUCGGUCCCCCAUAUGGCACUUAGCCCCUCCUCCACGCUCCAUCCCGACUGGGUCUCAUUCAUGCUUUUAGACAGCGGUUCACUACAAGUCUGCUGGCCCCAGGAUCAACUGUUUUGAUCCGAUCAGGCCUCACGACAAAGGAAGACGAGGAACUUUUGAAGAAUAUUCCAGGUCUAAGUUGCGUUCUGGAGCAGAUGGAGCGGCUGGAUCAGCUGCGCUGGAACUGACGCUGGACGCAUGUGCGCUCGGACAAUGCUCAUAAUCUCUGGAGAAAUAUAUCUGCAAUCAUCGUCUAAACCUCGAAAGUCUGAGUGGAUUCCUGCUGAGCCCAAUAUUAAGUCCUCACACAGCAGCAGUGAUUUAUUUUUUAAACUCCACUGAAGCUGAUUUCCAGUGGAGCGCAGCGCCCUGAAGUAGACCUUCUGUUGUUUACUGAAGUGCUUUUGCUGUCCAGCUUUUUUUCUCUCUCGAAGUAAAAACAAACAAACAUCAGAGGCGCAGAAGCACCAGGACAGGACUUUAAAUGUUCGGGAUCCAGGAGCAACUGAUCCGAGAAGUGAGCGGAAUAAAAGAGAGGAAUCUUGGGGAGGAGAUGGAUCCAGUCCGGUCCUGGGUGCGUAAUGUUGGGGUUGUGGAUGCGAACGUUGCAGCGCAAAGUGGAGUCGCUCUGUCAAGAGCUCAUUUUGAGAAGCAGCCGCCCUCAAAUCUCCGCAAGUCCAACUUCUUCCACUUUGUCCUGGCGCUCUAUGACAGACACGGCCAACCUGUGGAGGUGGAGAGGACGGCCUUUGUGGACUUUGUGGAGCACGAAAAGGAACAGACGGGAGAAAAAACAAACAACGGCACUCACUACAAGCUUCAGCUCCUCUACAGCAAUGGGGUUCGUACCGAGCAAGAUCUGUACGCGCGGCUCAUCGACUCCGUCACCAAGCAGCCCAUAUCGUAUGAGGGACAAAACAAGAAUCCUGAAAUGUGCAGAGUUCUGCUCACACACGAGGUUAUGUGCAGUCGCUGUUGUGAGAAGAAAAGUUGUGGCAAUCGGAACGAGACCCCCUCCGAUCCGGUCAUCAUCGACAGGUUUUUCUUGAAGUUUUUCCUGAAAUGUAACCAGAAUUGUCUGAAGACAGCGGGAAACCCGAGGGACAUGAGGCGAUUUCAGGUGGUCUUGUCCAGCACGGUGAGCGUGGACGGACACGUCUUAGCCGUGUCAGACAACAUGUUUGUCCACAACAACUCCAAACAUGGACGCAGAGCUCGUAGACUGGAGCCAGGAGAGUCUGUGGAGAACACUAUGGAAUAUGCUACCCCAUGCAUCAAAGCCAUCAGUCCCAGUGAAGGCUGGACCACCGGAGGGGCCAUGGUCAUAGUCAUCGGGGAGAACUUCUUCGACGGGCUGCAGGUGGUGUUUGGAAGCAUGUUAGUCUGGAGUGAGCUGAUCACUCCACACGCUAUCAGAGUACAGACGCCUCCUCGACACAUCCCCGGGGUUGUGGAGGUCACGCUGUCUUAUAAAUCGAAGCAGUUCUGCAAGGGAGCGCCAGGGCGCUUCAUCUACACAGCUCUUAAUGAGCCAACUAUAGACUACGGUUUUCAGCGUCUCCAGAAGGUAAUCCCCCGACAUCCAGGUGACCCAGAGAAACUAGCCAAGGAGAUUCUCCUGAAAAGAGCAGCAGAUCUUGUAGAGGCUCUGUAUGGAAAUCCACACAGCAAUCAGGACAUGCUGCUAAAACGUGCAGCUGACAUCGCUGAGGCCCUCUACAGCGUUCCUCGUCCUCACAGUCAGCUCCAGGCUCUGCCGAGCUCACCGGCACACGGCAGCGUCAUGGGCCUGGGCUCCUACCCUUCACAGCUGGGCGUUAGCAUCGGAGAUCCAGGUCAGAGCAGCCAAGGUUACAUUCGUAACUCCAGCAGUUUGUCUCCAAGAGGUUACCCAUCAGCUUCCACUCCCCAGCAGUCGAGUUACGGCGGUGCCGGGGGGAUGACUGGAGGCUACGGGACAGUUCCCAUGACUAGCCUUGGAGUUCCUGGAUCUCCUGGCUUCAGCAGUGCCUCCCCCACCAGCUCACCCUACAUCAUGCCCUCCAGCCCCACCAUACCUGGAAGCUCCAGCUCCUCUUCAUCCCUCUUACCCUUCUCCUCUUUCCCCUCUGCUGCUAAACAGAAGAGUGCUUUUGCUCCCGUCCUCAGGCCCCAGGGCUCUCCUUCCCCUGCGUGCCCCGCCUCAGGGGGAAACAGCUUCAGAGGUAGCCAUCCGACUCACUAUCUGACCCCGCUGUCUGAACUCACAAAUGCAGUCUAACCCCUGUACUAACAAACUCCAAACUGAACAAAACAAAGAAAGACUUGCUGGAUGUACAAUGAUGACAGACCUGACUGACUAGAAUCAUAGAUCUUUGUAUAUGUUUUUCUCUCCAGCGAUGACGGGCCUGGUUGUUCCCCAGAUGUAGUAAAGCACCCGUCCCAGUCUACCCCAGAUCUUCACUUAGCCCCCUUUUUAUGGCACUGACGGGACAGGGAGGAUGAAAAACUGAUCACUAGUGACCGCGUGUAACUUUACUCUCUGAUCCGACACAUCUCCCCCAGUUCCCUUUUCACAUCCAGCUGGAUGAAAGAGGCGGGAUAUUAAAAUCUGUCCAAAGACCAGCCAUCUACUCCAGAUGCAGAGGAAAACACACUCCAGCCACAUCCAGACAGACUCCUCCCACAACAACAGCAGCAGACUGGUUCCUGUGCUGCGGCUUGUGUGUUUCUAACAAAGUUUCUGGCAGGAAACAAAGAAAAGCUCUUUAAAAUUUCACCUCAAGCUUCAAAAGGAUCUGAGCUGACCUCUGGCCUGGUAGCACAUGCAGUAUUCAGCUCUUGCAGCACCUGCACAAAGCUUUCGUCGGACACUUACUGGAUGCGCUGCUGGAGCACAAAUGACGGACAGCUCUCACCGCAGCUCUCAAAAGCAGGGUGCUACUUUUUCCCGUGUAUGGACACCAUAAAUGGCAUGUGUGUACACUGUCUGUGUGCUAGCGAGAGAUUUUUUUUAGUAGACUAUUUGAAGACAACUUACAUUCCAGAAAAAUAGAACCUUUAUUUUUUUGUUUGUUUUUGUCUUUAUGGUUUUUUCAAGGAAGAAAACUUUGUCUCAUGGGUUAUUUCUAAAGCAAUUCAUAUAUUGAUUUAUUUAAGAACAAGCAAUUUAACUUAUUAUUGUUAGCUUAGGGAAAAUAUAAACGUGUUUUUAUAAAGUGGUCCUCUUUUCAACUGUUAAUGAAAUUAAAUGAUCUCAGCAAUUGCCAAUUAGUUUGAUAAAUGAUACCUAGUAAUUGAUUUUUUUCCUAUCCCAGCGAAAAAAAAGCAUUUUUUAAAAGUCAAACAUUCCAGUUUCACAAAAUAUGAAUGUUAUGCCCACAGUUAUUGUCCUUGUAUACCAGAAAUAUUAGUUAGCAUUUCUUUUUUUAAUUUUCACAUAAAAUGCAUGCUUUUUUUUACACUAAUGCUGUUAUACUUUUGCAGCUCACACAACUAUUCACAGAAUUUGGUCAUUUUUAAUGUGUCGAUCCAGUACAAGAUAGUCACUAUGCAGUAGCGUGAAUCAAAAGCACAACAGCUUCAGCAGAAACAUUCAUUAUUAUUAUUAUUAUUAUUAUUAUUAUUAUUAUUAUUAUUAUUAUUAUCCAGGUAUCACAGCAAAAGCAGCAUUCUCAGGACGUGCACGCAAAAACACAAAGAGUAGAUGUCAUUCGGAAAUUUGCUUUUAGACUUUGUUAUCUUAUUUAUUUUAAAAAAAUCAUUAGCAAUUUAUUAUUAUGUUUUUUGAAGCAAUGUUUCUUUGAAUUAAUACAAAAUUUGGUGCAAA